AUGUCGUCUUCCUUUUGGUCAUCGUCACAUUGCCGAUACUGGCUAGUCACUAGAUCGCAUCUGCUUGCGGCCAGAUCGCUGGACUCACAAUAUGCGACCCCUCGUCAACUGUAUUGCCUAGGUAUCUGGUUCGCAAACUUGAUCCAAAAGCUGGGGAAGAAGCUGAACCUGCGCCAAAUCCCCAUCGCCACGGCCACAGUGCUGUUCCGACGCUUCUAUCUCAAGAAUCAUUACUGCGAGACCAAUCCCUACCUUGUCAUCGCCGCGUGCUUGUUUGUCGCUGCAAAGGUGGAGGAAACACCGGUACAUAUCAAAGUGGUCGUCAAUGAUGCGAAGAUCGUCUUCACAGAAAAUGGUAUCAGAAUGUUCUCGCCGGAACCUACCAAAGUUGGCGAGAUGGAAUUCUACCUUUUGGAGGAUUUAGACUUUCAUCUUGUCGUCUUUCAUCCUUAUCGUUCGCUGCUUCACAUAUGUGGUCGAGAACCCGCAGACUCGGGCAAAUUUGCAAAGAGUCGAGUGGAAGAAGAUGCAGAAAUCAAGCGGAAAGAGACAGAAGCCAGACGGAAACAUGAAGACGCUAGGAAAGUAUCCCUAGGCGUGGGCAGAAUGAACGCUAUGAUCGAUGAUGUGUCUGGUGGAGAGUGGGAAGAAUCUGAAGAAAAGCGAAUAAGAAGGUUGAUGGGCAGAGGCAGUGGCGAAGGACUGAUGGAUAUCGACGAGGGAGUGGUCCAGAUGUGCUUGUUCGUGAUAAACGACACUUACCGAACCGAUGUCCACUUGCUGUACCCGCCUUAUGUCAUCUCUCUGGCUGUACUCUAUAUCGGCUUCUGCUUUGUUGCGAAGAACAAUCCUACUGGCACGAGGACGACCAGAGGGUCCUCAUUUCAAGUGACGAAUCUCGCAUCGUCAACAGACAUCAAUGCAGCGUUGGGUCUGGAUGCCCCGCCCACUGGGGUGGCUGAAUUCUUCGCUUCUUUCGAAGUCUCCCUCCCAAUCUUGUUCGCCUGUAUACAAGAUAUCAUCGUUUUGUAUCCUAUCUGGGAGGCCUUCGAGCCCAUGUCGCGAGGAGCAGAUGCCAAAGCCGAGAAGGACAAGGAUUCAUUCACCAGUGACGAUGCCGAAGCUCUGGUCAGACGGAUGAUAGAGGCCAGAGCUGUGGCUUUGACACAUCCCGACACUUCAAGCUAUCAGCUAGCAGGUAGUAAAAGGCGCAGACCUUGA